AUGAAGUUCACUCUCUUCCUUUCCAGCGCCCUGGUGGCGAUUGUCCCGGCUGUUGCCUUUUCAUCUACUCAGGCCGGACUCUUUGCGCAAGACCACUUCCUCGGGCCAUAUGUCCACAGCAAUGGCGACGGAUCUUGCAUUACGACACCCGCUGGUGUCAUUAACUCUGUUGAGCUGAUUCCCGGCAUGACAUGCCAAUUGUACCGCGAGCCGAGCUGUGGCCAGGAGCCCAUCUUCCUCAGGCGCGACAGUCCUUCGCUGAGAUAUGACAUCGGGGCUCCCGCUCGGAGUGCCCGGUGCUUGAAAUAG